AUGGUUAAAAAUUCAGAAGUGUUCAGUCGCCGGAUUCUAACAUUUCCGGCGGUCCGUCCUUGUGGGUCAGUCUCAUCUACGACCCUUCUCGCUUCCUUGAUCAAUCUAGCCCACAUAAUAUGUGGUUACAAAUCAAAGAUCAUUUACACCAAUAGGCGAAAUUCGAGAGAAUUUAUUCGUCUAGUCGAAGUUCUUCUUAUUUUUCUUGAAGAAAUCCGUAGUGGGUCUUCAGAAAUUUCAAGUUCAGUUUUUUUGAGCUUGUCUGAGUUACAUUUCAUCUUCCAGAGAGUUCAAUACUUACUGGAGGACUGUACACGCAAUGAUGCUCGAGUUUUGAUGCUAAUGAAGGCCGAGCAAGUUUCAAAUCAGUUUCGAGUACUGAUAAGAGCGAUCGCAUUGGCUUUGGAGAUUUUGCCGUUGAAUUCAGUGGAUGUUUCUGCUGAAGUAAAAGAGUUGGUUGAGUUGGUGAGGAGGCAAGCAACGAAGGCUCGGUUCGAAAUCGAACCGAACGACAAGCGUGUUUCAGAGAAAAUUCUCACGAUUUUGAGUCAAUUUAAGGAACAAAUUGUUCCGGAACCAAGUGAUUUGAAAUGGGUUCUUGGGAAUUUGGGGAUUAGAAGCUGGAGUGAGAGUAACAAAGAGGUCAAGUUCUUUGACUCCGAAAUUGGGUUGGAGUGGUUGACUACAGAGAAGAGAGAUGUGGGAAUUCUCAGUAGUUUAAUGGGGUUCAUGAUCUACUGUCGAUGCACACUGUUUGAUGCUGUGGAAAGUGAAAGCAUUCGGCAAUUUGAUCGUUUUUGCAGCAGUGAAGUGAUUAAGUGUUUGAAUGUGGAUGAUUUCCAGUGCCCGAUUUCGCUAGAGAUCAUGACUGAUCCAGUGACAGUUGCAACUGGGCAUACCUAUGAUCGGUCUUCGAUCUUGAAGUGGUUCAGGUCCGGAAAUCGGACCUGCCCGAAGACUGGGAAGAAGCUCAUAUGCACUGAUCUAGUGCCCAAUUUGGCUCUGAAGUUGCUUACCAAACAAUAUUGCUUGGAGAAUUGCAUUCCAUUUGCUGAUCAUCAAGAAUCGGAGAUGCGGAAUCGUGACAAAAAAGGGACAGUUAUUGCAGGCAGUGUUUCAACUGAAAAGGCCGUGAAAAUGGUAGCCAAUUUUCUUGUUGGCAGGCUUGUGGAUGGAACAAAUGAAGAGCAGAACAAAGCUGCUCAUGAGAUUCGUUUGCUCACCAAAACAAGCUUUUUUAACAGGUCUUGUUUGGUUGAAUCUGGAGCAAUACCACACCUAUUGGAUCUUCUCUCUUCAGCUGAUUCUUUAACCCGAGAGAAUGCAAUUGCAGCGCUAUUGAAUCUCUCGAAGAACGCCAAAAGCAAAAGAAUAAUUGUUGAGAAUGGGGGAUUGGAACUAAUACUUAAUGUUCUGAAGGAUGGAGCAAGAAUGGUAGCCCGACAGCAGGCAGCCGGUGUGCUGUUUUACCUAGCUUCAGUUGAGGAGUAUCGCAUUUUGAUUGGGGAAAAUCCAGAGAUUAUUCCAUCUCUAAUUGAGUUGCUCUGGGAUGGAACGAAUCGGGGCAAGAAAAAUGCACUGGUUGCAAUCUUUGGACUCAUAAUGUACCCUGAUAACCAUUGGAGGGUACUUUCAGCUGGAUUAGUCCCCUUGCUGGUCAAUCUUUUGCCAUCUUUCGAAAGAGAAGACCUUGUGAUUGAUUCUAUGGCUGUUUUGGCAACUUUAGCAGAGAAGCUUGAUGGAACAAUGGCUGUCUUGAGUGCUGGAGCUUUACCCUUGAUUGUUGGGAUUUUAAGUUCUUCCACAUCAAGGGUGGCAAAGGAGUACUGUGCUUCCUUGUUGCUGUCUUUGUGCAUUAAUGGUGGUGCAGAUGUGGUUCCUGUUUUAGUAAAGAACCCAUCUCUCGUGGAAUCAUUGUAUUCCCUACUCACCGAAGGCUCGUCUCGAGCAAGUAGGAAUGCCAGUUCUCUCAUCAGAAUCCUGCAUGAUUUCAAUGAGAAGAUCUCCUCCGGCUUGAUGACUCCAGCUCUUCCACGAGAACAAUUCAUCCACGUGCGGUGA